CUCGUACUUGCGAUCAGUCUGUCUACACAACUCUCGCUCGAAGAACGCUCUGAACGUGCAAUUUAUAUCUUUAUCAUUGAAAAGGCAAAAGUUAUUUCAUCAAAGAAGCAAGAUGCUUCGAAUAAUUGCGGUAUUGUUUCUUGUUUCAACCUUUAUCCUAACAGUUCAAACAGAUAAUGUACUAAAAUGCUACAUGUGCAACUCAUUAUCAAACGAAAGCUGUGGUUCUGAUAUGACAAUGAGUUUAUUACAAGCAGUAGAAUGUACUGAUAACAAAAUAAGAGAUUGGCAACGAAGCAUCCAGCAGCACAAUGACCUCAAAUCGAUUGUGCAACUUUUUGCUUUUGAUGAAAUAUCACAACAUUAUUCAGCUACUCCUAUAGCUUGUGCUAAAGUGAUCCUUAAUAUUGCAAAACGUGAUGUUGUUGUAAGAACGUGCCAAAAAACUAAAACACAUAAUGAUCUAUGUAAGAAGAUGAAAGAAAAAUUAAAGGAUGAUUCAUCAAUCAAAAUGGAACAAUGCGCAAUUUGUCACAGGGACGCUUGCAAUAACACGAUGUUUCUAUUUCCUGAAAUAUUCUAUAUUUUUAUGUCAUUCUUUUGCAGUCUCAUUACUUUCUAUCGUUGGACGUAACCUCAGUUAUUUUAUACUUUCUAAAAAUAUUUAUUGUACAAUGAAUAACCAUUUGACAUCAUAAUAUAUUUAUUUUGUAAUCUCAGCUCAACUAUGAAAGUUAGACUUUUAUAUAACAAGUAUAUAUAAUGCAUGCAUUUAUGGCCACAACUCGAAAUCCAGAUCAUUUGUAAAACCAAUCAACUUUAAGUUUGGUCAAUUUUAAUUAAAGCUCAAAAAAUCCAUAAUUUGUUUGAUUUUUAAUCAAUUUUAAAACUGACCGUAUUUUAUUGCAAAAUAGUUGAAACAUUAACAUUACAUUUAUUAGCUAUUUAUUCCUAAUUUGCAAGAUUUGUUUAUUACUAUUAAAUUUAGUUUAAUAAAAAUUUUAAUUUAUAAAGUUAUAUUUAUCAUAAUUGAAUAUAUGUAUGUAUAUUUAUUAAUUUUUUAUUAAAAUAUGUUUUAGAAUUAAUCUUUUUGUUGAACUAUAUAAAUGAAGAUCAUGUUUUAGGUUCCGAAAAGAAGAAAUAAUAACUUACUGUAAAUGAUUUUUAUAACAUAUUCAAAUAUAUUUUAUAAAAAAAUAUAUUCUAAAAAUUUGAAUAGUAAUGGAUACAUAUAUGAACUAACUUAACAAUUAAAUUAAGUUAAAUUCAAAUAAAUUAGAUAAAAUUAAAGACUAUAAGGCAUUUAUUUAUUAUGUAAAUUGUGUCUUUAUAAUAUACACGAGUAGAAAUUAGUACUUAUAUCCAUCUAGUCAUGUGAUCGUUAUGUCUUAUACAAUACGUGUUUUUAUGACUAGGUAUUUGCCAGAAAUGUAACACUUACUUGUCUUAGUAGUAAUACAAAAUAAAUUAACUAAUAGCUAGACACAAAAUGUAAGACAGUUAUGAGAUAAAAAAUCUGCUAUCUGUUAA